UUCACUCUUCACUUCACUUCACAAAUCAAAUGGCUACACUCUUAGGUUUCUCUCAGACCAAGUUUCACCACUGCAACCUCUCGGUCUCUUCUCCACCAUGCUCUUCUUCCUCCACAGUGGUCUCAAUGGUGAGGAGAUGCUCUGAUUCCAAGACUCUCCGGUCAAGCUUCCUCGGCCGUAUCACUUACAGUGAUCGCAUACCCUCUGGUCGGAGAAGCUCAUCAGCAGCGAAAAUGUCAUGGGAUGGUUCUCUUGCUUCUGUCAAGCUGAUCAUCCAAGGCAAAAACCUCGAGUUAUCAGAGGCAAUCAAGCAGCAUGUUGAGGAUAAAGUAGGGAAAGCUGUUCAGAAACACAGUCAUCUCGUCAGAGAAGUUGAUGUGAGACUCUCUGUUCGAGGUGGAGAGUUUGGUAAAGGACCUAAGAUCCGUAGAUGCGAGGUAACACUGUUUACAAAGAAGCAUGGUGUUGUGCGAGGUGAGGAAGAUGCUGAGACAGUAUACGCUUGUAUCGACUUGGUAUCAACUAUAAUACAGAGGAAGCUGAGGAAGAUCAAGGAGAAGGACUCUGACCAUGGAAGACACAUGAAAGGUUUCAACAGAUUGAAGGUGAGAGAGCCUGUGAUUGAGCCCGUUGUGGAUGAUCCUGAAGACGUUGUUGAGUCUACACCAGAAGAAGAUGAUGAUUUGAUCAAAGAGAUUGUGCGUACCAAGUACUUUGAGAUGCCACCAUUGACAGUCUCUGAGGCAGUGGAGCAGCUGGAGUUAGUAGCUCACGAUUUCUACGGCUUCCAGAAUGAAGAAACCGGUGAGAUUAACAUAGUGUACAAGAGAAGGGAAGGAGGGUAUGGUCUGAUAAUCCCUAAGAAAGAUGGCAAGGCUGAGAAAGUUGAGCCGCUUCCAACAGAGCAAUUGAAUGAACACUCUUUUGCUGAGUAGACUUUGUUUCUGUCUCAAAACCAAAACUGAUCUUACUUCUCUCCUUACAGUUGGUUUGCCUGUAUAGGGGCUAAGGGUUCUUGAGAAAAAAAAAACAGUGGAAGGAAUUUAAUCUGGUUAUGGUUAAGGAAGAACCAAUGUACAUAAUAAUAAAAAGCUAAAACUCUUUUUUAGAUUGUUCUGGUUUACUCUGUUUAAAGGUAAAAAGAAAACAUACCUUGAUAGCAAAAUUCAUUU